AAAAACAAAUGUUUUGCUCGUUUUCUGUCCUUUUUGGCGGUGCGGGUUUGCGUUAUCAUUCCCUUGAAAUGUACCUGCCCUGGCAACCCUGCUUGAAAGCGCGCUGUGUGUAUAGCAGGCUGCUUUUCACCGGAGCACGGAUGAAACGACGGACGGAGCGGAGAGAAUUUGGACUGCGAAGAGAACAAGACCCAACGUUGAACUGAUUUGAUAAGUGUCAGAUAUUAAAUUAGUGGGUAGUAGUAGUUAGUUUUUUAAUCCCUUGAUAAGUGAACGCUAGUCUCGGACAUUCCCAUCGUUUGCGUGCAUUGAUAAACACAAGACUUGACUUCACCCCGUCUCUUAUGAAUAUUGAAUUCGCGGUAUGAAUUGUUUACAUCUGAUAGUUUGAUGGGGCUUUUAAGGAUUAUGAUGCCUCCCAAGUUACAGCUUUUGUCUAUUUUGGUUUUUGGAGUGUCGAUGCUCUUCAUUGAAAACCAAAUCCAGAAAUUGGAGGAGUCGCGGGCAAAACUGGAGCGUACCAUCGCCAGACACGAGGUGAGGGACGUGGAGCAGCGCCACACCCAAGAUGGCGUACGGGACACGCCGCCGCUGGCUGAGGCAGAGGACGUGGUUAUCAUAUAUAACAGGGUGCCCAAGACGGCGAGCACGUCGUUCACCAACAUCGCCUACGACCUUUGUGGAAAGAACCACUUCCACGUUUUGCACAUCAACACCACCAAGAACAAUCCUGUCAUGUCCUUACAAGACCAGGUGCGCUUUGUCCGCAACGUGACUUCCUGGAGAGCGAUGAAGCCUGGGUUCUACCACGGACAUGUGGCUUUCCUCGACUUCUCCAAGUAUGGGGUGAGAGGUAAACCUGUUUACAUCAACGUGGUCCGGGACCCCAUCCAACGCCUCGUAUCGUACUACUACUUCCUGAGGUUUGGAGAUGACUACAGGCCUGGCCUCCGACGGAGAAAACAAGGUGACAAAAAGACCUUUGAUGAGUGUGUGUCAGCAGGUGGUUCUGACUGUGCCUCUGAGAAGCUUUGGCUCCAGAUCCCGUUCUUCUGCGGACACUACUCAGAGUGCUGGAAUGUAGGCAGCAGGUGGGCCCUGGAUCAGGCCAAGUAUAACCUGCUGAAUGAAUAUCUACUAGUCGGGGUGACAGAGGAGCUGGAGGACUUUAUCAUGAUGCUGGAGGCAGCUCUGCCCCGCUUCUUCAAGGGUGCCACAGGCCUCUACAAAACAGGUAAGAAGUCCCACCUGCGUAAGACUACAGAGAAGAAGCCACCCACCAAGGAGUCCAUCGCCAAGCUGCAGCAGUCCGACAUCUGGAAGAUGGAGAACGAGUUCUACGAGUUUGCCCAGGAGCAGUUCCAGUUUGUCCGAGCCCACGCCGUCCGGGAGAAGGACGGGGAACUCUACCUGCUGGCACAGAACUUCUUCUAUGAGAAAAUCUACCCCAAAGUGAACUAGGGUGGAACUGGGUUAACAUCAGGCCAGGUGGAUGGUGAUGAGGUCUGGGUUAACAUCAGGCCAGGGGGAUGUUGAUGAGGUCUGUGUUAUCAGGCCAGGGGAUGUUGAUGUGUUGACGAGGUCUGGGUUAACAUCAGGCCAGGGGGAUGUUGAUGAGGUCUGGGUUAACAUCAGGCCAGGGGGGAUGUUGAUGAGGUCUGGGUUAACAUCAGGCCAGGGGGAUGUUGAUGAGGUCUGGGUUAACAUCAGGCCAGGGGGGAUGUUGAUGAGGUCUGGGUUAACAUCAGGCCAGGGCGAUGUUGAUGAGGUCAUACACUACUCUCUGUGCUAGUUCAGACUUCAGAGCCUGACCAUUAUUCACCCUGUUACACACGUUACAGAAUGCCGUCAUAACAAUAACUGUGUCUGAUGUGUGGAUGGGGACCUACUGUGUAGCUGUACUGUGUCUGGCGUGUGGAUGGGGACCUUCUGUGUAGCUGUACUGUGUCUGGGGGGAAAGGGGAUACUGUGCUGGUUUCAUUGGUUCCUUGUUCUUCACUGUAGUUGUUGACUUCUGCAAGGUAUUUGAACAGGUCUCAAAUCCAACAUGGUGUCCUGUACUUCUCUGCAGCUGGCCACUUCUACAGGUUAUUUAAGCCAGAUCGAACAUGGUGUCCUGUACUUCUCUGCAGCUGGCCACUUCUACAGGUUAUUUAAGCCAGAUCGAACAUGGUGUCCUGUACUUCUCUGUAGCUGGCCACUUCUACAGGUUAUUGAAGCCAGAUCCAACAUGGUGUCCUGUACUUCUCUGUAGCUGGCCACUUCUACAGGUUAUUUAAGCCAGAUCUAACAUGGUGUCCUGUACUUCUCUGUAGCUGGCCACUUCUACAGGUUAUUGAAGCCAGAUCCAACAUGGUGUCCUGUACUUCUCUGUAGCUGGCCACUUCUACAGGUUAUUGAAGCCAGAUCGAACAUGGUGUCCUGUACUGCUCUGUAGCUGGCCACUUCUACAGGUUAUUGAAGCCAGAUCGAACAUGGUGUCCUGUACUUCUCUGCAGCUGGCCACUUCUACAGGUUAUUGAAGCCAGAUCGAACAUGGUGUCCUGUACUGCUCUGUAGCUGGCCACUUCUACAGGUUAUUGAAGCCAGAUCGAACAUGGUGUCCUGUACUUCUCUGCAGCUGGCCACUUCUACAGGUUAUUGAAGCAAGAUCCAACAUGGUGUCCUGUACUGCUCUGUAGCUGGCCACUUCUACAGGUUAUUUAAGCCAGAUCCAACAUGGUGUCCUGUACUUCUCUGUAGCUGGCCACUUCUACAGGUUAUUGAAGCCAGAUCCAACAUGGUGUCCUGUACUUCUCUGUAGCUGGCCACUUCUACAGGUUAUUGAAGCAAGAUCCAACAUGGUGUCCUGUACUUCUCUGUAGCUGGCCUCUUCUACAGGUUAUUGAAGGUGUCCUGUACUUCUCUGCAGCUGGCCACUUCUACAGGUUAUUGAAGCCAGAUCCAACAUGGUGUCCUGUACUUCUCUGUAGCUGAUCACUUCUUCUACAGGUUAUUGAAGCAAGAUCCAACAUCUGACCAGGUCAGAGGUCAAUAAGCCCCCCCUCCACUGGGGACCUGCCUUGUGGUCUUCAGGCUCCCCAACUCAAAAUGGCUGCCCAACCACAACCACAUCGGACGACGUCCAGCAAAAGAUUUGUCUAUUUUACAUUUUCGUUUUUUAUUUUUAUUAAAUCAAAACAACAUAUGAGAAGGUCAAAACACAGUUUGCUGGCUCAUGCCAGAAGGACAGUUUGCUGGCUCGUGCCAGAAGGACAGUUUGCUGGCUCGUGCCAGAAGGACAGUUUGCUGGCUCGUGCCAGAAGGACAGUUUGCUGGCUCGUGCCAGAAGGACAGUUUGCUGGCUCGUGCCAGAAGGACAGUUUGCUGGCUCGUGCCAGAAGGACAGUUUGCUGGCUCGUGCCAGAAGGACAGUUUGCUGGCUCGUGCCAGAAGGACAGUAUGCAGGCUCGUGUCAGAAGGACAGUUUGCUGGCUCGUGCCUAAGCUGGGUGGCACUGUACUAACAAGGAGGAAAGCGUGGCUUCAGCUCGGUGUGAUGCAGAGUGGCUUCAGCUCGGUGUGAUGCCGAGUGGCUUCAGCUCGGUGUGUUAAGGGCUGUUCAUCUACAUUGUGUGUGUGUGUGUACAGUCGUGGCCAAAAGUUGAGAAUGACACACAUGAAUUUUCAUUCUGCUGCCUCAGUUUGUAUGAUGGCAAUUUGCAUAUCAGAAUGUUAAGAGUGAUCAGAUUAAUUGCAAAGUCCCUCUUUGCCAUGCAAAUGAACUGAAUCCCCAAAACAUUUCCACUGCAUUUCAGCCCUGCCACAAAAGGACCAGCUGACAUCAUUUUUAUUUUUAUUUAUUUCACCUUUAUUUAACCAGGUAGGCUAGUUGAGAACAAGUUCUCAUUUGCAACUGCGACCUGGCCAAGAUAAAGCAUAGCAGUGUGAACAGACAACACAGAGUUACACAUGGAGUAAACAAUUAGCAAGUCAAUAACACAGUAGAAAAAAAUGGGCAGUCUAUAUACAAUGUGUGCAAAAGGCAUGAGGAGGUAGGCGAAUAAUACAAUUUUGCAGAUUAACACUGGAGUGAUAUUGGUGUGCAAAAGAGCAGAAAAGUAAAUAAAUAAAAACAGUAUAAAAACAGUAUGGGAAUGAGGUAGGUGAAAAAGGGUGAUGUCAGUGAUUCUCUCGUUAACACAGGUGUGAGUGUUGACGAGGACAAGGCUGGAGAUCACUCCGUCAUACUGAUUGAGUCCGAAUAACAGACUGGAAGCUUCAAAAGGAGGGUGGUGUUUGGAAUCAUUGUUCUCCCUCUGUCAACCAUGGUUACCUGCAAGGAAACACGUGCCGUCAUCAUUGCUUUGCACAAAAAAGGCUUCACAGGUAAGGAUAUUGCUGCCAGUAAUAUUGCACCUAAAUCAACCAUUUAUCGGAUCAUCAAGAACUUCAAGGAGAGCAGUUCAAUUGUUGUGAAAAGGCUUCAGGGUGCCCAAGAAAGUCCAGCAAGCGCCAGGACCGUCUCCUAAAGUUGAUUCAGCUGUGGGAUCGGGGCACCACCAGUACAGAGCUUGCUCAGGAAUGGCAGCAAGCAGGUGUGAGUGCAUCUGCACGAAGACUUUUGGAUGAUUGGAUGAUGCAUCUGCACGAAGACUUUUGGAUGAUUGGAUGAUGCAUCUGCACGAAGACUUUUGGAUGAUGGCCCGGUGUCAAGAAAGGCAGCAAAGAAGCCACUUCUCUCCAGGAAAAACAUCGGUAACAGACUGAUAUUCAGCAAAAGGUACAGGGAUUGGACUGCUGAGGACUGGGGUAAAGUCAUUUUCUCUGAUGAAUCCCCUUUCUGAUUGUUUGGGGCAUCCGGAAAAAGGCUUGUCUGGAGAAGACAAGGUGAGCGCUACCAUCAGUCCUGUGACAUGCCAACAAUAAAGCAUCCUGAGACCAUUCAUGUGUGGGGUUGCUUCUCAGCCAAGGGAGUGGGCUCACUCACAAUUUUGCUUAAGAACACAGCGAUGAAUAUAGAAUGGUAACAACACAUCCUCCAAGAGCAACUUCUCCCAACCAUCCAGGAACAGUUUGGUGACGAACAAUGCCUUUUCCAGUAUGAUGGAGCAUCUUGCCAUAAGGCAAAAGUGAUAACUAUGUGUCUCGGGGAACAAAACAUCAAUAUUUUGGGUCCAUGGCCAGGAAACUCCCCAAAACUUAAUCCCAUUGAGAACUUGUGGUCAAUCCUCAAGAGACGGAUGGACAAACAACCAACCCACAAAUUCUGACAAACUCCAAGCAUUGAUUAUGCAAGAAUGGGCCGCCAUCAGUCAGGAUGUGGCCCAGAAGUUAAUUGACAGCAUGCCAGGGCGGAUUGCAGAGGUCUUGAAAAAGAAAGGUCAACACUGCAAAUAUUAACUCUUUGCAUCAACUUCAUGUAAUUGUCAAUAAAAGCCUUUGACACUUAUGACAUGCCUGUAAUUAUACUUCAGUAUCCAUAGUAACAUCUGAAAAAAAUAUCUAAAGACAACUGAAACGGCAAACUUUGUGGAAAUUAAUAUUUGUCAUUCUCACAACUUUUGUCCACGAUUUGUAUAUUUCAGAUCCACUGUUAGCAGUUUACAGAGUAAACACAUGAAACCACAGUACACAGUUUAUUUACACACUACAUAUCUGAUGUACUGGACCAAAUGUUUGGUGAGACUUCUGUGAGCAUUGUACCUUUUUUCGGUGUGUCUUUUAACAUCUAGUUCAUGUGUAGCCCACUAAGAAAAAAUUCUCAAGAUUAUUUUAUUAAAAAAAAUGAAAAAAUAAUGAUAAUACAAAUGAAAAUCUCCGUUCUGUACUAUCGACCUGAAGUUCCGUUCUGUACUAUCGACCUGAAGUUCCGUUCUGUACUAUCGACCUGAAGUUCCGUUCUGUACUAUCGACCUGAAGUUCCGUUCUGUACUAUCGACCUGAAGUUCCGUUCUGUACUAUCGACCUGAAGUUCCGUUCUGUACUAUCGACCUGAAGUUCCGUUCUGUACUAUCGACCUGAAGUUCCGCUCUGUACUAUCGACCUGAAGUUCCGCUCUGUACUAUCGACCUGAAGUUCCGCUCUGUACUAUCGACCUGAAGUUCCGCUCUGUACUAUCGACCUGAAGUUCCGCUCUGUACUAUCGACCUGAAGUUCCGCUCUGUACUAUCGACCUGAAGUUCCGUUCUGUACUAUCGACCUGAAGUUCCGUUCUGUACUAUCGACCUGAAGUUCCGUUCUGUACUAUCGACCUGAAGUUCCGUUCUGUACUAUCGACCUGAAGUUCCGUUCUGUACUAUCGACCUGAAGUUCCGCUCUGUACUAUCGACCUGAAGUUCCGCUCUGUACUAUCGACCUGAAGUUCCGCUCUGUACUAUCGACCUGAAGUUCCGCUCUGUACUAUCGACCUGAAGUUCCGCUCUGUACUAUCGACCUGAAGUUCCGCUCUGUACUAUCGACCUGAAGUUCCGCUCUGUACUAUCGACCUGAAGUUCCGCUCUGUACUAUCGACCUGAAGUUCCGCUCUGUACUAUUUUUUUUUUUAACCACCACAACAUUCCAAAUGUGUUUCAUUCAUCAGUUUGUUGGAAUUGUCUGGAUAACGAACUUGUCUUUAGCACAACGUUUUAGUGUGUGAAUGCAGCAGCAGUUUGUCGCUAUGACUCAACAGUGUGUGAUCAACGUUGACCAGAAAUGAGACUUCUGUUAUUAUUAUUUUUAUCCCAAAUGGCGCUCCACCCCUCUCCCUUGGCCCUAACCCUUUUUGUGUUUGCAGAUCAGAAAGGUCUGGUAUAAGCAACGGUAUAUCUUCCACCGUGUUGCAUACACCGUACCGUCAAGUCACAUGGUGUAUGCCUAAGAAUUAUUAUUUUUUUUUUUGGUAACACGGUCACGCUCGUUAGAGAGCUGUCACGCCUUGGUCAUUGUAUUUUGUGUUUUUGUUAUAUGUUUGGGUUGGCCAGGGUGUGACAUGGGUUUAUAAAAAUAUAUUAAAGUCAUGAGUAACCUACACGCUGCGUUUCGGUCCAACUCUCUUCAUUCAACAGACGAACGACGUUACAAGAGCGAGCUACGCUAAGAAGAAAAACACAUCAGAGGCUUGAUAGUGCCUUCAUCAUAUCAUUAUUUUAAUUUCCCAAAUUACACCCUAUUCCCUGUUUAGUACACUACUGUUCACCACUGCCCUAUGGGGCCCUGGUAAAAAGUAGUGCACUACAUAGGGAAUAGGGUGCGAUUUGGGAUGCAUUUUAUACACGACUCCUAAGCCACUUUGAUAUUCGAUGUCAUUUUCCCCUUCACUUAUUUUUCUGAAUGUUGUGCUCAUUCAUUUGACGCAAUUAUCUGUUCUGCCAGUAUACCACUUUUUUUUUUUCAUAUCAAUUUCUUAUUGUAAACAACCUAAAACAUUUAAAAUAAAUACUGAACUGUUUCACAGUC